GGCAGAACUAAAAAAAGGCAAUGUCACAGUUCUUGUGCUGUAUUCCCUUCUGACUGUCCCCAGAUUUCACAUGGAUUUACCAUCGGCAGCACUCGGCGGACUCCGGCACCCCUAAAGCUGACUUUGGAUAACGCGCUCGUCUGCUGAUCCUGCACGGACUUUUUCGCCGGCGCUCGUUGAAACUCCGCGCUCCCUCGUCGGCUGCAGCAGGUGAAACACUCAAGAGAUUCCCUUUCUGCCCCACGGAGACUCAAAGAUUCAAGCCGGGGAUUCGGUUUUUUUACGGAGUCCUCCUUUUCUUUUUGUAUUGUCCUUGGCACCGACUGGCAGGGGACUCACCCGCUGAGGGAGAAUGCCCGUCCUGACGAGCCCGGAGAUUGCCAACAGGUUCAAAGAAAAGUGGAUGCUGCUGCAUCCCGAAGACCAGGACAACGUCAACGGCUCGGUGAACUUGGACGACAGCCUGACCAGCCUGCAGUGGCUGCAGGACUUCUCCAUCCUCAGCGCAAACCUCGAGCGACCACCCAGCUCGCACUUGCACCCCCAGCACCAGCUGCUUAACCCCUUCCACCAGAAGCAUCUCCAGCGGCAGGGCGCCGAUGCCCCGGCCAGCCCCCCGGCAGGAGACACGGCCUCCACGGGCAUGCCGGUUCGACUGGGCAACCCGGUGUCCGCCUCGACAUCGGGGGGCGUCCCGUCCGGCUGCUAUGUGAGCCAGCAAGUGGGCCAUUCGGCGACAACCGCGCCGCUGAGCCCGCCCGAGGAGAUCGACUACAAGACGAACCCGCAGGUCAAGCCGCCCUACUCGUAUGCCACCCUCAUCUGCAUGGCCAUGCAAGCCAGCAAGAAGACCAAAAUCACCCUGUCGGCCAUCUACAACUGGAUCACCGAGAACUUCUGCUACUACCGGCACGCCGAGCCCAGCUGGCAGAACUCCAUUCGGCACAACCUGUCACUUAACAAGUGCUUCAUGAAGGUCCCGCGGCAGAAGGACGAGCCUGGCAAGGGGGGCUUUUGGCAGAUCGACCCACAGUACUCUGACAUGUUUGUCAACGGGGUCUUCAAAAGGAGACGCAUGCCGGCCACGCAUUUCAACACUCAGCGGCAAAGCAAGAUGUCUCCUAUUCCGGAAGUUUCCUACAGCCCCCCAGCCAACGUUUACCCCCAGCAGCCGGUUGGCCGGCAGGCGUCGGUGAUGGCCCUGCCUCACAUGUCCGGAGCUCAGCACGUCCACCACAACCAACCGAGCAUCUACAGCCCACCAGUAGAGGCACACCGGGUGGGCAGCAAGCGCAAGCAGCCCUCGCCCAAGAGGAGUGCAAAGGUGGCGCGGGGCUCCAAGUCUCCACUGCUGGCCCCCGAGGUCAAGGAGAUGGAAGCCCUCAAGGGGGAUUUCGACUGGGCGUCCAUUUUUGACGACGUCUUCAACAGCAAUGGCAGCAACUUUGAGGACUUGGACAUUAACGCUGCCCUCAGCUCUCUGGGCUGUGAUCUGGACCUAACUGUGCAGGGACGCCACAUCAGUCCGGCUGCCAAGUGGUGCGGCAGCAACAGUGGCGCGGGUAUUGGCGGGGCAGAGCAGCAGUGCGGCUUCAGCGAGGUCAGCGGCGCUCCUGCCCCCUCGGCCAACGCUGGCUUAUUCCAGUAUGUGCCCCAGCAUUUUGAGGAAUUCACGUUCUUCCCGGAUGCUCAGCAGCGCCACCCAUGGGAGGAGGUCAAGGAGGAGGCGCAGGCCAUGAAUGUGAGUUUCGAGCAGAACUUUAAUUUCUGUGAGAGCUUCUACAACGAGCUGCAGCACUGGGAGCGCGUCGAAGCCUACCUGUGACACCCCCCUGUCACCUCGAUCUCCUUGGCAGGGACUCAGACUGAAGUUUUGCUAUAUUAGCAUCUUACGCUGUGUUGCUCCAGUUUAUUUUCACGUGGAUUUUUUUUGUACCUGCAAAUCUAUGGAGGCCUUCUUGAUCUGAUGACCCCCAACGCCCACCCCCCACCACCACCCCGUGGACUUUUGAGGUCCAGCAGCUGAGGAUGAUAUUAAAAAACACCAUAAGACAGGCCUGUCACAAAGCCAGAGUGCCUGUCACAUGCACGUGACACUUUGAGAAUGUGGCGGGGGGGAUGGCAGACCACCGGCUUAUUGGGGGAAGGCAUUUGGAUGGGCGAUGGCUGACCUCCUACCCACACCAUCAUCUCCUCCUGCUCCUCUGGCUAUCAUCGUCAUUGAGACUGUAGGGAGGACAGUGGCACCUGGUGGUGGGAGGGGCUUGGGGUUGUGUCACACACUCACCCCGCCCACCGCCACCGAGUCAGAAGUGCGCUGUUUACACGAGUGCCAGGGUGGGAGAGGAACUCAUAUGUGGUCUCUGUGUGUCUGUCUGAAUGACUGAGGUGGAGCGGCGGGAGCUGAGCAGCAGGGCUGUGUGAGAGAAGAAAUGGCAUCGGGGAUUGUCUGUCUGUCUGUCUGUCUGUCUGUCUGUCUGUCUGUCUGUCUGUCUGUCUGUCUGUCUGUCUGUCUGUCUGUCUGUCUGUCCAUCUGUCCGUCUGCUCGUCUGUCUAAUUGUGCUACACCAGCAGGAACUGGGCAUCUGCUUCUCUAUGGGUGUCUGUCUGUCUGGCCUGGAAAAUAAUAGCAGAAACCCAAAGUCUGUCCGUCUGACUGAGCAAUGACAGCAGGAACUGAGCACCUGUCCCUCUGUCCUUCUAUCUGUCCUGUCUAUCCGUCUGCCCAUUUACCUGUCCAUCUGUCUGUCUGUCUAGCUGUCUGUCUAUUUGUCAGUCUGCCUAUAAUAGAAAAGCCCAGAGUCAGUGUGUCUGUCUGUCUUCCUGUCUGAUUGAUCAAUAAGAGUAGGAAUUCAGCGUCUGUCUGUCUGUCUGUCUGUCUGAUUGAUCAGUAACAACCAGUAUUUAGCCUCUGUCUGUGUGUCAUAAGAAAUAACCACCUGAAUUCAGUGUCUGUUUGUCUGUCCUGAAUAUAAUAGCAUAAACCCUAAGUCUGUCUGUCUGUCCGACUGAAAAAUUUCCACUGGUCUGUCUGUCUGUUUGUCUUUACUAUAAACUAGCAUUAAAAACUCAGUUUGUCCGUCUGUCUGACAGAUCCUUAACAGCAUUUGUCUGUCUGUCUGUCUGUCUCGUCCUAAGAAGCACCAUCAAAUGUUCAGACUUGGCUUUUGUGGCGGUCUGUCCUAAGAAUAACAGCAAAUGCUCAGUGUCUGUCUGUAUGUCUGUCUGUCUGUCUGUCCUUCAGAAGAAGAAUAGUAAGGGUUGAGUGUCUGUCCACCUGUCUGCUGCUUAGAAAAGUAACAGCGAACAUUAAAAAUCCGUCUGCCUGUCUGUCCAUUGAAAUAACAAAGAGUUCCUGUCUGUCUGUCUGUCUGUCUGUCUGUCUGUCUACCCUGAUGGAUGCUUCAUAACCCAUUGGGUCAGUCAUGCUGCUGCCUGCUCUGCCUGUCCAUCUGUCCACCAGAAGGCCGCCCUCUGCCUCUUUGUGUGCGGUUGUCUUUCUGUCCAUUCAGAGAGAUAGCCCCUUGUGUCUUGUCCGUCUGUCCUCCUGGACUGUGUGAGGUGUGAGGGGUGAAGACGAAGCUCUCGAGGAUGCUGGGCUGGUCUCCUACAUUUUAGGGUGGUCACUUUACUGGGACUGUCACACUCAUGAACUGCUCUGAUUGCACAACUUUUAUAAAAAGUGAAGGAAGGCCAGUUGGCCACAUUGGGACCAGAAUGUCCAGAAGAGAUGUUUAUGGCUGAAGACAACUGUGUUGAAAAGAAGUACUUAAUAAGUAAUGUUAUUAUUAUAAUAAUUAUUAUUAUUGUUAAUAUUAUUGAAGUGGUCAUCCUGUGGCCUAAUAAUUGUAAUGAAGGUCGAUUGUUUAAAGUGGAUCAGACAGGUGGCCACUUGGGCAGCUUGGACUAAAGUUUACUGGCUGAGGUGCUGAGUGCUCAUCCUGUCCUGUAGGGGGAGCUGAGAAGGAAACAGCGGGCACUUCUGUCAGUCUGCUGGUGGACUCUUCAUAUCCUCCCUUCAGUUAGCCUGACCAAAUGACCUAAUGGACUUUCUCUUCUGCUCAGAGACUGUACUGACCGUAAGGUUCAAAUGGAGCUGCUGAAAGGCAAUGCCUUGCUGGACGCUUGACAGUGGGCGUCCGGUGCCCACAUUGAGUGUGGGCAUCGUGUGUUCAAAUGGACUUACUGGGAUUUUGGUUUGACAAACGAGAAAAAUGAAAUGAAGUUUAAUAAACGAAUAAAUCAAAGAA